AUGCAGCCAUAUCAAAUGGAUUACGCAUACCCCGCGCUUGGCUCUCAAAGUCCAAAAAGCAUGAGUUCCUCAUCUUCUAUAGGCAGUGCAAGCCCAUACCAGCGCUUCCUCUCGCCAUCACCUUCACCAACUCGAUCCACCAGAAGACUGGGCCGCUCUCCUUCAGUCCCGCCUGCCGACUUCGCCUACGCCGAAUGUCUCUUCGACGCUUCCCAGCACAGCCGCGGAAGACGCUCCCGACGCCCCGGACGAAAUCUCCGGCAUUCCCAACUAGUCAGCCCCGACGUUAUCGACCGCUUGGACACGGCCUCUCAGUUCUCAUAUCACCAUGAAGGGCCAUAUGAUGCCGUCUACCCAGAGCGCAAUAGGAUCAGCCUUCAUUCGCCUCUUGAUGCCGUCCGAGAGUCUAACGAAGAGGCUCUGAAGGCAACUCCCCACCACAAGAUCGCCGACGCUAUCAACCGUCGCCGACCUCUUGACGGAAUCGCUUUCUACCCUUCUGGCUAUACCGAUCGAGAGGGCCAGACGUACGACUACGAAGAGGGCCAUAAUAUGAUGGCUGACUUUCCUUGGCAUCCUCGCCAGAAAUACACCGAUGAGGACUUCCGGAAUGAUCCCUUUUACACAAGCACGCCGGCGAAACCCUUUGCUCCAAUCCGCAACGUCUUCCGACGAAAGCACAGGGCCUCGACUUAG